AUGCAUGUCGAUGGAUCCUCUAGCGCUCAGGGGAGCGGGGCGGGGAUAAUUCUCGCUAGUCCUUCAGGCAUCAUGGUGGAACAAUCACUUCGCUUCGGUUUUCGAGCGUCUAAUAACCAAGCGGAGUACGAAGCGUUACUAGCCGGAAUGAGAUUAGCAGCUGAAAUGGGUGUGAGAAAAGUCAUAUGCUGGACCGAUUCAAAGAUUGUGGUCGAGCAGGUCAACAAUAACUUUCAAGUCAAAGACGCCAAUUUGUUGCAGUAUUAUCACCUCUUUCAGAAACUCAAAGAUGAUUUCGCCGAGGUUCAAAUCCGGCAUGUUCUAAGGAGCAACAAUGAACGAGCCGACCAGCUGCUGGCUCGGCUCGCUAGCAGCAGGAAACUGGGGCAACUAAGAACAACCAUUCACUUAGAAGUUCCUUCACCAAGUGUCGCCGUAGAAUGCAUGACGAUCGAUACCGAAGCACUGAACUGGAUGACUCCCAUUCGGAACUUCAUCCUCCAAGAGGAGUUGCCCACCGAUCCAGUGGAAGCAAGAAAAUUGCGUACCCAGGCAGCACGGUACUCUAUAGUAGCUAGUGAGCUCUACAGGCGGGGAUUCUCCACCCCGUUACUCAAAUGCUUUGACAAUCUGCAGGCUGACUACGUAAUGCGCGAAGUCCACGAAGGUAUCUGUGGAUCUCAUUCCGGAGGCCGAACCCUGGCAGCAAAGGUGUUGCGAGCUGGCUAUUAUUGGCCAACUCUAAAAGGAGAUUGUGCUGAGUUUGUCAAGAAGUGUGUGCAGUGCCAACGACACGGAAACCUCAUUCACGCAUCGGCUACCGAAUUGCACAGCGUCAGCUCCCCAUGGCCGUUUGCGUUAUUGGGUAUCGACGUGCUCGGACCUUUCCCCAUGACAAAAGGGCAGGUAAAAUUUCUUCUAGUUGCAGUAGACUACUUUACCAAGUGGAUAGAAGCCGAGCCGCUCGCCUGCAUCUCCGCAAAUAAUGUUCAGAAAUUCAUAUGGAAGAGUCUGGUUACUCGCUUCGCCAUUCCAUAUGCCAUCGUUUCGGACAACGGCCUCCAAUUUACAGACAAGAAGUUCAACGCUUUUCUUGAAAACCUCGGUAUUCGGCACCGGUUCACAUCAGUGGAGCAUCCUCAGUCGAACGGUCAGGCCGAAGCUGCAAACAAAGUUAUACUUACUGAGCUCAAGAAACGUCUCGGCCAGCUAAAGGGGCGUGGGCCGAAGAGUUACCGGAAGUCCUCUGGGCUUACCGAUGUACGCCGCAAUCAACGACCAGGGAAACACCCUUUCGCCUGA